CCGUCGGCGGGACGGGACUGUGCCGCUCUCUCUCCUGAUCUUCCCCUUCAUUCGGGGUCAAAUAAGUGUUGUAAAGUUGUUAAAAGAAAUAACAGGAUUUUUACCGAAAAGUGUUUUGUUGAGUACGAAGUUAUAGAGAAUGAUCGUGGUGUGUGGUUUAGAUUUCGCGAUGGAGUAAAAAUUAUAUACGUGUUUAAGCAGCCAAGCCACACGGCACCGAAAAAAAGUUUUUUGGUUUACUCAGAAUAAAGAAAAAGUGCUGUGGAGAUAUACCAGUGUUAGUGAAUGUUAAAGAGGUGAUUUUAAGAUACAUGAAAGUGGAUUGUACAAAGGAUAACAAUUUUCAUCACUGGAAGAAAGCUCGACGAUGUAUGAUAGGUUAUGGUGUUGAGGUGGUGAUGGCGGGUGUGGUGAGCGCCGGGGGCAGCAGCAGCAAGGGGCGCCGCCCCCUGGGUGCCCCCCGCGGGACCAGCAGCAGCGGCUCCCCCAGGUCCUGCUCCUUCCCCGUUGGCGGCGGCCUGCCGUCGCGCGCAUUCAUGCGGCCUUCACUGCUCGCGCUCUUUCUGCUGACCGCUCUCGCUCUCGCCUCUGGGUUGAGGAGAGCUUCACGCAGUUUGAGAAUGGCAUCAACUGGCGGUCGUAUGUGGUGUGCGACGUCGCUUACAACAACGUGAACAACUGGCUGUGGACGCCCUUCAUCGAGCGCGGCCCCGCCAACCGCAUGUACAUCGAGGUCAAGUUCUCCAUGCGGGACUGCUCGCUCUUCCCCGGCACCGCCCUCUCGUGUGAGUAUGUUACACAUGCUUUUCCGGUCAACUGUGAGUCGCGGGUUGUUGCAGGGGCGUUGAAGGUACGUGUUGCCGAGGUAGGGAGUAGUAGGCCAAGGGUGUGGAAGAACGUUGACGCAACGAAGAGCUGCUGCUUUGUGGUACACUUCCAAGGCUUGCACCCUCAUAAGGAGCUCUUCGUCUGCAGGGAGAUAAGUCUUCCUCCGAGUUCAGCGGUCGGUGUCCAGCUGCUGCAGCAGGCGUCCUUUCCUCUGUUUUCCUCUCAGCUCUCAGUCCGAUCGAAGCCCAAAGUUAAGAGACAGGAAGUGGCAAACAAGACGGACACCGAUUUUUGGCAAGAUUUAUUGAUUCCCAAGCAUAGAAAUGGUGAUGUGAUGGAAGUUUGUCCUCCAGGCAAGUUCAAAGAUGCUGUGGGUGCAUCUGCCUGUCGUGCUUGCCCGGACUACAGUGCCGCUCCUCAUGCAGGUGCCACUGAGUGCCGUUGCGACACCGGCUACUACCGUGCUCUCAAAGAUCCCCGGAGCAUGCCAUGUACCCGUCCUCCAAGCAAGCCGCAGAAUGUCACAGCUAAUGUCUUGGAUCAAUCCACGGUCAUCCUGUCAUGGCAACCCCCUGUCAAUGACGGCGGACGCAUUGACAUCCUCUACAGGGUUAUAUGCGAUGCUUGCAGUAAUCUGGUGUCAUAUAAUCCACCGCAGGUUGCAGAGGAGAGCUAUAACACAACCCAAGUCACCAUCAGCGGCCUGUAUCCUGUAACCACAUACAGGUUUCAGGUCUUUGCAGAGAAUGGGGUUUCUGAUCAGGGUCGAGAUCCCCAGUAUGUUGAUAUAACUGUGACUACAGAGGCAUCAGUUCCUGCCAUGGUGGGCAAUGUACAUGUUACCAGUGUGAAGAGCACUGAAAUAUCCCUUGCUUGGGAUGCUCCCAAUGACCCAGAUAAUGAAAUUGAGAUGUAUGAGGUUCGGUAUUUUGUCCGUGGUAUGGAGAGCAAUUCGUCAAGUUUGUUAGCAACAAAGGAAGAGUCAUCUGUUGGAGCAUUAAGACAAAGAACAGAAUAUGGUUUCCAAGUGCGUGCCAAAACUGCCAAUGGCUUUGGCGAUUAUUCUCCCCCUAUCUACAAGAUGACAGGACAGCUGCUUAGCCCAGCUUAUGUUGGCGAUGAAGACAAUACACAAGUGCGAAUCAUAGUGGGAGCCACAGUAGGAGCGUUUGUUGUUAUUGCAGUUAUCAUCGGCAUGACACUGUUAUUCUUGAGAAGAGGGACAGAUGAAUGUAAUAAGAAGCAGCCAUCCGACUGUGACACCUUAGAAUACCGCAACGGUGAAGUGCACGGUGUUUUGGAAAACCCACCCAUAGUCCAAACCCACAUCACCGGAAGUAGUGUACAACAGCCCUGGGUCUUGACUCGGUGGACAUGACACAGCUCACAUCUGUGGAGGACUGGCUUGCUUCCAUCAAGAUGACCCGCUAUCUUGACAACUUCCAGCGGACGGGCUUGACUGACCUGGAAGCUGUGGCACGCCUGACACAGCACGACCUAACACAGCUUGGCAUUACCCUAGUUGGCCAUCAGAAGAAAAUUUUGCAGAGUAUACACACCAUGCGCACGCAGCUUGCCGUCAACAUGUCCGAGGGCUUCCUGGUAUAGUGCCACUACUCUAACCCAUGCCAACAGUCGGCAAUCAAGUUAGGGUACAAGUAGUCAGGUGGGCUAAAUGUCCAGGUCCAGAGUGAAUGCGAUGUCCGAUGGUGCGUCAAAAGUUGGACCUGAAGGCCAUCGUCUACGUGAAAAUGUGAUAAUGAUCGAGGGAAAGACACUAAAAUGAAGCUUGAGUCCUGGGCGGGGUAGAGUGCAUUUUAUUUUAUUUUGAUUGCAAUAAGAUGAAAAAAUUGUCCGUCACAAAGAACCCUUUUUGCCCAUUAGCUCAAGGAAACCCUCACCCCAGGAUACAGCAAGCAAACUGUUAGAAAACGUGGUUGACUGCAACCAGAGACUGUUUUUUUGGGAUUCUACAAGUGCUCCCAACCCUCUCCUUCUUGUGAUAUUUUCAUGGCCAAUGGUGUGUUGGAGACAGAACUGUGGUGCGCAUGUGUGUGGUGUAUGGACAGAACGACGAACAGCUGUAAAUCAACUCCUGCGAGAGCCCGUGUCUGCAUUAGGGUUGACAAGCAUGCCUGUCACUUCUGCGCGUUGUACGCCACUGGUUUGACCCUUAGUGUAAUUGUUGAUAUUCCAUUUGCUGCCAGACCUUAUUCUGCCAAAGUCUAGUAUUGGUGUUGUCCUUUCUACCCUUUGAUGAAAUCUCGGAGAAUGUUUCCCCAUUUCAGCUUCUGCAAGCGUCUCACUUUCUACUGAGAGAUUAUAAGUUGCCUGAUGUGGUGAAGCGCAGUGUAGUGUGUAUUAAAGUUGCUCAUGCACACGACUGGAAAAUGGGAAAAAACUACUGGGUGAACAAAAAAAUGUUAUAUAUAUAAAGAUAAUAAAAGAGCUCUGCAAAAGGUUCUAAACUUAAAAAGCUAAACUUUUAAAAAGCAGCUUUUUUCAAGGGGGAUUCUUUUUGAUAUAUUUGGAGGAUAUGAGUAUAUAUACUUUAACAUGUAAAAAAAGACGUUGCAUACCAGAAACAGCCAAGAGAUGAGAGAGAUCCUCCCUCCUUGACGCACAUAUCACUUUCCCAUCUUGUGAACAUCCGGCCAUUCCUCGCUCCCUUUCCUCCCUCCCUCGUAAAGGACCCGACACCGCUGUAGUCAUGUUGCCUCGUUGUUUGUCCGAGUAAGAAAAUGCAGUGCUGGUAAAUGGCUGGGUGGGUUGUCUCAUGAUCACAUUAAACAAAUAGGUUGUCCAGAAUGUGUCAUUGAAAUGUAAAGCUUGAGUGGAGAAAAAAGCUAAAUCAAAUGGAAUAAGUUGUCUUUUAAACUCUUUGUUUUUUUUUAAGAAAAAUACAUGAUAUCGAAAAAUAUUUUUUUAGUAAACGUCAUCACAAGUCCAACUGAGGUGUUAAAGCCUGUAUCACUCGACCAUGUUACUAACACCGCAAGAGAGCUCGGCCCUCCUCAGUGUCUGUCCAAUCACCUCAAGGCAUCACUCUGCCCCCUUCUUGCACAGGUUAUCCAUAUCAUUUAAUGUUUACUUUCCCAAUCGAUGAUUUUAAAAAGAAAAUAGUGUUGUCAAUAGCGUUGCAAUAUUCACAAAUGAUAUUGUAGCCUGGUUUUCGUCACGACAUUGUUUCCUUUGAUGUUAACCACUUGUAUUUCCUUGCCUCUCCUUCUUCCCUUUUUUAGCCACCAGAUAAUUUGCCAAAAAACGACCAAGUGCAUGUUAGUGUAUUCCUGUGUACUGUUGUUAGCAGAAGCCUGUGUUUUUGGGAACGUGUGUGAUGACUAGAUAAUCAAAAUUUUUUGUAGAUCCUGUUUAGUAUUAGAAAGAAGUUUCUACAAAAGCACCAAGCAAUACAACUCACUGAUAUAAGAAUGUGUUACUAGCUGUAUUGUUACUGUCAAACUAAUGAGUAACAAUCAAAAAAACAUCCUUAACCGUUUAGCUAGAUAUUUUCAUACAUCACACUUCAUAAUAAUCAUAGCAGAAAAAAAGUAGAAUCUAAGUCCCAAAGAUGGAGGAAGGAAGGUGUGAGUAUUCCUAGGGAAGUUCCGUGUGUGAUAAUUUUGGAUUCUUGUAUUUUGGAAAGGGGAGGGAGACGAUGUGGUAAAGUGGUCCACAUCCCUUGUGCCAGAGUGGGCCACUGGUCUUCACAUUCCACACCCUCUCAGUUAAGGUUCCAUGUCAGGGCGUUUGCCAUUAGAAUUGUUCCUAUUAAGAUGUAAUUCAGCUUGCAUAAAGUUUUUAGCCAAUCAUUUCAAGUAGCUUCCAAAAAAGUGGUCUUCGAUUUGCAGUUUUCAGUUGCUGCAUUUUUCGUCGUGAACGGUGCGUGCGUAGGUGUCUGCUUUUAGACCUUUCGGUUACAGGGGAUUUUUAAUUUUCUGAUGAAGCCUCAGGGCGACCACUUUCACUGCCUCAUCGACAGUUCCGAGAAUCAAGCAAUCGUCCAGGGCAGCGCAGUGGAAGCAUUAGGGCUUUUUGGAGGAAGGCCACAGGACAGAUGACACAGAAGGUUAACUUAGUAAGAAGACAGAAAAAGUGUGUGUUGCAGGACAAAUGAGGAGUUUCUAAAAGAGAAAGGCUACCGACAGGUUAUUCUCGUAUUGUAUGCGCAUUUUUUUCCGAAGCACGAUUUAUUCCUUCUUUGGUGCAGAUUUUUGUUAUUAUUUUUCUAUGUCACAGCAAGGUGCGGUUGGUUGGUCAAGGAGGCUAGGUCACUGUUGGCAAAAUCGAGCCCUCCCCCUCGGCAAGUCCAAAUGCUCCCACAGCUGUUGUUUUGCUUUGUGGCAAAUUCCCUGACAGACCUCAAGAGACGUGUCUUAUUUUCUUACUGAUGUAGUCUCACAAUUACUUUGAUAUAUGUCUUCUAUUACCAUUACUAUCAUAAUCAGCGGCAUAUUCUCCAGCAACUUCCCAUGACUGUUUGGGAAACUUUCAACUCAAAGAUGCUGUGUAUGCUAUAUACAGCUGGACAGUUACGUAUAUCCAAUACACAUACAUACUCUUCGCAACCUUGGUGUAAACUGUUGAGAAGGCAACAAUCAAAAAUUCCAUUUUGCUAAAACCUGAACAAGAAAAUGUUUUUUGGAGUAGGAUGCCAGUCUUUCUCUUUAGUUUACUACUUGAAAGUCACAAAGAAAUCUGCAAAUGCCUUGAGCACGGAGGACAGCAUAGCGUAAUUGUUUUAUAUCAUUUUUAUUUAUUGAGCCAACGCAUUGCUAGAAGAGCAUAUGUUGUGUACUAUAAUGUUGUAUAAAGUUUGUAAAAUAGUCAAGAAAUAUUUUAUAUUUUUAGUUGGUAAGGAACGAGAUCUCCAAUUUUGAACUUUAAUUGUUCGAACAUGGAAUGUGAUUUGUUUUUAGUUUGCUGAAGAAACGGAGGUGCCAAUAUGUGCAUCAUAGCGUCUGUGAAGCGAGGGAACUUGGGGGUUUAGUUGUAAGAAAAUUAGUUAUUCAAAUCCAAAGUCACUUAUAACACUGAUCCCUGGCCCUGCCCCUAAGAUCCUAAGUGUCAGCUCUUUUGUACAUAUAUGAUCCUGCAGGCAUUUUCUUAUACACAGAUCUUUUUGAAUAUUGUAACUGUGUCCCGUACUUUCAUUUUCUUUUUACUUGUAUGUAUGAUGAAUUUAGAUACACCUGGAAGAUUUUUGGGCUUUCUUUGCUAAUACUCAAAUGUUUUAAAACAAGUAAAGUUCAUAGUGAUUUUUUUAAUUAUAAAACUGCUUUAAUUUGUGAUUGGUCAAGAUCACAACCAAUGUCAUGUCAAUUACUGUAUUAUGUCAGUUCUGCAGUUAAUUACUGUUUUUACUUUAUGUAUUUUACUGUUCUUUUAUUGAUUAUAUUUAUUAUCAUUAUUCCUAUGAUUGUCAACAUUAUCACUAUCAUUAUUAUUUUUUUAUUAUUUUUUGUAAGCUUCAAAUAGUAACAGUUAUUCUAUUUGCAUUAGAAUGACGUCCUACGACUCCUCUCAAGCUAACAAGUUGGUAUGACUCGUAGAGACCCCAUAUGCAACAGCUGUAAAUUGUAGCUUUUUCCUAGUCAUAUAUAUUAUCCCUCCCUCCAGCCGCAGGGAGGUGGAGGGCAGCCAGAGCUUGGUUUGAUGACCCAGACAAAAUCUCUUCUGAAUCAAAAGAAAAUCACAUCAAACCUGAGGAACCAAUGUCACUGUGAUUUAAUCUAGCCAGUUCACUGUGACUCCUCAUGAGUUUUCUUAAUGUGGAGGAAACCCGAAUGCUGAGUUUGGAUUUUGCAUCUGUCGGCAUUGUGUGUUUUACUCAUAGCAGAGCCAUUUUUGGAUCUUGACUGCAUCAUAUACCUAACCUGCCUGGCCUCCAUAGGGAAUGUAGGCCCCAGGAGCUUCAUGUGUCACAUUUGGCUUUACACUGUAGGUUUACAAUUUUAUUUUCAAGUGAUUAUAAUGCGAUCCCAAGAACUCUUCAUGAGAAAUCCUGGAGCUUUCUUUCUCACCUCCUCGGCAUAUUCUGCUGACAUGUUUGUAUUAUGUUUAUUCCUAACCUUCAGAGCAGUUGUAUGUGCAAGUUCUUUGUGUUCAAGAAACAAUAAAGUUUGACAGAAAUACGGGAAA